CACAUGCAGGCGUGGGAGAUCGCCCAUACGCGGAAGGACCCCAAGCCUGGCGAGCCCAAGUACUACGGCAAGAAGACCGCAGAGAGGAAGAAGGCCUACUCCGAAGCGUAUCUGGAGUUACAUCCUGACACACCUGACCCCAUUGCGACGCCUCUGGACGACAUGGCGGUGGUGAGGAUGGGGCCCAAGGAGAACGGUCGGGAGGCGGUUCUCGAUGCUGUGAUCACUCCUAGUAUCUCCUACACACAGCUUCGUCGGAUCGACCCGAGCCUGAGCCAGCGCACGAGCCAGCCAGUGACUAGUACACAGUACCUCUUUCAGGAGCAACAAUCUGCCUACAUGGAGUACACACGCCAGGAGACCAUGGCGUGGCAUCAGAGGCUUUAUGAACACCAAGUGCAGAGGGAUAGCCAGAUGCAGCAGGCUUUUCAGGAUAUGGCGGCCGGCAGGUGUCCUCAGUUCCCUCCAGCACAAUGCCCUCCAGCACAACCAGUGCUGAUGAGCUUUGAGGAGUUUGUGGCACAGACCGCUGGCCCCUCGCCGGGAACAGGUGGAUCUACCGUUGGCGGUGGUCUUCGCAGCACUCCGGAGACACGGAGCCCGACCACUCCGAUCCACGGAGGCGGAGGCGGAGGAGGAGGCGGUCUUGGCGGUAGCGCUGCCGCUAGCAGUGACGACCUGGGCUUCGGCGGUCUUGGCGGUGACGACCUCCGUGGUGCUCGACGUCCUGGCGCUUAAGCCUUUGGGUCACAUUGUGGCGGUCUUGGUGGUGAUGAUACUUAUAUGCUUGUGAUGUUUCUUAUUGUUGUUUGUGAGAUUCUUAUGCUUGGUGGUGAUGAUACUUAUAUGUUUAUGCUUUGCGAUGCUUCUUAUGAUGUGUGAUGAUGAAUUUGUUCUGUGAUGCUGCUGGGCCAGCUGUUAUGUGAUGCAUAUAUUUGUUGUGUGAUGUAUAUAUUCAAAUGAAUUGAGCUGAAACAAAACAGAAAAAAGAAAAAAAACAGACAGAAACUAUGCCGACGGCUAGGCCGUCGGCAUAGAGCUGCCGUGAGC